CGCGGCGCUGUGGACGCUGGGAGUUUGUGGAUGUGUGUUGUGUUCAACGCGGAGUUCGAAUCGGUGAUGAAGAAAAGCGAUAAAUAAACCGGAUGAGCUGAGUCCGGCACCAGUAAGUCAGGGUGCAUGCUGGUCAGGAAGGGGAGGGGGUAAUGGGGGCUUAGUAAGGUCUGAGGGAAUGUUUACAGAAUAUCACCUGCACAGUGGGGGGCACCGGCAGGGAAGGGGGCAGUCUGGCAGGGAAGGCUAUAAGGUUACGGUCAGUGGGGGGCAGUCUGGCAGGGAAGGCCACAUGUCAGUGGGGGGGCAGUCGUCAGUAGCCCGGCAGGGGAAGGGUUACAUGUCAGUGGGGGGCAGUCUGGCAGGGGGUCGCACAGUCAAGGGGGGGCAGUCUGGCAGGGAAGGGCUACGUCAGGCAGUCUGGCAGGGAAGGGUUACAUGUCAGUGGGGGGGCAGUCUGGGCAGGGGAAGGGUUACAUACGUGGGGGGGGCACCUGGCAGGGGAAGGGUCAGUGUGAGGCAGUCUGGCAGGGAAGGGCAAGUUAGGCCAUGUCAGUGGGGGGGGCAGUCUGGCAGGAAGGUUACAUGUCAGGGGCAGUCUGGCAGGGGAAGGGUUAUGUCAGUGGGGUGGGCAGUCUGGCAGGGGAAGGUUGGCAUGUCAGUGGGGGGGGAGCAGUCAGGGGGGGGCAGUCAGUGGGGGGGGGCAGCCCUACAGGGAAGGGUUACAGCAUGUCAGUGUGGAGGGGGCAGUCUGCGUGGGAAGGGUUACAUGUCAGUGGGGGGGGAGGCAGUCUGGCAGGGAAGGGUUACAUGUCAGUGGGGGGGCAGUCUGGCAGGGUUACAUGUCAGUGGGGGGGGCAGUGGCUACAUGUCAGUGGGGUGGGCAGGGGGCAGUCUGGCAGGGCAUGUCAGUGGGGGGGCAGCAGGGAAGGGUUGGCAUGUCAGGCCAUGUCAGUGGGGGGGGCAGUCUGGCAGGAAGGCUUACAGUCAGUGGCAGGGAAGGGUUACAUGUCAGUGGGGGCAGUCUGGCAGGGGAAGGGGUUGGCAUGUCAGUGCGGGGAGGGCAGUCUGGCAGGGAAGGGUUACAUGUCAGUGGGGGAGGCAGUCUGGCAGGGGAAGGGCUACAUGUCAGUGGGGGGCGGUCUGCAGGGAAGGGUUACAUGUCAGUGGGGGGCAGUCUGGCAGGGAAGGGCGGGUCAGUGGGGGCACAGGGGUACAUGUCAGUGGGGGCAGUCUGGCAGGGGAAGGGUUACAUGUCAGUGGGGGGCAGUCUGCAGGGAAGGGCUACAUGUCAGUGGGGGGGCAGUGGGGUUACAUGUCAGGGGCAGUCUGGCAGGGAAGGGUUACAUGUCAGUGGGGGGGGCAGUCUGGCAGGGGAAGGUUACAUGUCAGUGGGGGGGAGGCAGUCUGGCAGGGGAAGGGUUACAGGUCAGUGGGGCAGUCUGGCAGGGAAGGUUGGCAUGUCAGUGGGGGGGUCUGGCAGGGGAAGGGUUGUCAUGGGGUGGGAAGGGGCCAGCGUCAGUCUGGUGGGAAGGUUGGCAUGUCAGUGGGGGGGCAGUCUGGCAGGGGAAGGGUUACAUGUCAGUGGGGGGGGCAGUCUGGCAGGGGAAGGGUUACAUGUCGGUGGGGACGGACAGCCUCCAGUCACCAUAACCACUUCAAAUGUUCUUCUUUCAUAAUAUUGUAAAGCACUGCAGAAUAAGUUGGCAUGUUAAAAGAACUAAACUGGCUGUCGCUGGAAUCCCGACACACUCAUCUUUCCAACCUUGUGCAUAAGAGCAUUUUUGGGAAGCUCCCACCCUACCUGAGUAGAAUGCUCUCCCGGCUGUUCCCACCUCCUAUAACCUCCGAUCCACUACUAGCACGAUACUUAGCAUACCGCAAUACAAAAAUAAAGUGGUUCGAUCCUCCUUUUCCUACAGAACACCGCAAUUAUGGAAUAACCUAAGGGACACCGUCAAAUCUUCAUUCAAUCUAAAAUCUUUUAAGAGAUCCAUGGCAAUAUACCUCAGCACAGAAUGCACCUGUCAUGGUUGAAUAUAUUUAUUACCGAUUAUGUAUUAAAUUUAUAUAUAUAUAUAUAUAUAUAUAUACACACACAAAAAUAGAUAGCUUGGCACUCACCCUAUCUCCAAUUCAAUGAAUAUCUUGAUGCCUUGGUGCAAUCCCACGUUAUAAGGUAUAUAGAAAGGUAUAAGAGAUGCACUCUCAGGACUUUACAAUAAAUCCAUUGGUCACUGAUCAGAUGAUAUAACCUUUGUUUUAAUAAAUACCAAUGGAUUUAUUGUAAAGUCCUAAGAGUGCAUCUCUUAUUCAUUUUUAUAUAUAUAUAUAUAUAUAUAUAUAUAUAUAUAUAUAUAUAUUGUAAUAAUGUUUUGUGGACACAGGACAUACUUGAAAACGAGAGAAAUCUCAAUGUAUCAAUCCUGGUAUAAAAUAUUUUAUAAAUACCAAUAGUAAUUAUAAUAAAUCACUCAGGGAGUGCUGAGAGUAAACUAUCAACAAAAGUUAUAGGUCGUUUCAGGGUUUGACAAAUCCCAGGUCGCCAUUUUGACUAAGAAUUUUGCCCUGGCUCCUGGGAUUGGUCAGCCCAUUCCAUCCUCUUCCUCCUAUCUCAAUCACUGUGUAGCGCUCUGUGUGCCGGUGUACCGGGAGGAAGUGAAAUGUAAUUAUUUUCUCCCAGCGCUGAGGCUGCACAGCAGGACACCUGGCAAAAUCGUCUCUGUUCGUCGCACGCCCCCAUUUCACAGACCAGCCUGCCCACAUUUCUCAGACCCGACUGCCCGCACAAUCGUUUCCCUGCGCGGCUUCAGUGCCGGGACGAAGUAGUUGCAGAUACCUUCAAUUCUUCCCGGUGCACAGUCAACUGCACAUGAUAUCGAGAUGGGUGGAGGAGAGGAGUCUUGACCAGCCGCAGCCCACUUCCACUAGCUGCAGCCAUGCCAACGAAUCUAAUGUCUGCUGCUGUACCCAGUCCCACUGGACCUCAGGUAGGCCACUCUCCUGCGCCCGAAAGGUAGGAAACAGGAGAGUGGCUAAAAAUAUGUAUUCGCUUUUUUUUCUGUGUGUAUAUCUGUCUGGCAUGUAUGUGUGUGUAUGUGUAUUUGUCUGUAUGCAUCUAUGAUUUCUUUGUGUGUGUAUGCAUCAAAUAAUAUCUUGUGAGAGGAUGUGUCUGUCAGUGAAUGUUUCUUUUUUUUGGUCACCAGCCCCCCUCCGAUCACAUGGCAAUGGUGUUUUUACUCUCCUGUUUUCCAACGCUGUGCCAGUCUCACCGCAGCUGGCCUGCCUCCAUAACUGAGAUUAGUCAUUACCAUUCAACAUCUCCUCAUAGUGAAGCAUUAAAGCAAUGCAUCUCUAUGGGGAACUUCAGCGCCGCCUCCACGCUGAAUGUAGGUGCUGCAUAAUGUGUCCGUUUCAGGGAUUUAUUAAGCGGUGUGAUUUUCAUUAUUGGUAGUUUCUCUUUAAAUUUCAGUUCGGAGAGGAUGGGGGCAAUUUUUGUUACUUUGUUACUCUACAUGUUACUUGCAUUUUGUCUUUGGUAUGAAAAUGGUUAAAUGGUAAGCCCCAUGAAAGAGAGCAUGUAGAUAAAUUACUCUUUAAUGUAAAUUUCUCUCACAGAGGUCUGUCUGUCAGGAUGGAUUUCUCAGUUAAAUUUAAUUUUGGGGGUGGAUUGUGGGUGAAUAUAAUUGGAGGUAUUUGUUUCUGAGGUGGGCAUACUGUUUGGUGGAAAGGAUGGGGUUAAAUCUAUGUUGUAAUGUAAGGGCUCUGUCUCUGGCAAGUCGUAAGCUCUAGUGGUUGUGGUGUUUGGAGUGUUUCUUUAAACUGUCAAUGAAAAUAAGGGCAGUAAUCCUGCCGCCAGACAUGCAGGGUGUAACACAAAUUGGUUUGCCUGUCAGUUUGAAGAAAAAAUGAUCUACUUACAUUAUAUCCUGAAUUAUGAGCUUGAUAAAGUAAAUGCAAUGUCUUUGCUGCUGUUGAAUAUUUAAUUAAGAGGUACAAAAACGUCAUUCAGUAGUGACAACGGUUUCCACUGUUAUUCCUUUUUUAAGACAAUUUGACAGUUACUAAAUGUAUUCUUUUUCAUUUUUGAAAUAUCCUAUUGUGACUUUCCUCAACAUGCAAUGUUUUAUAGGAAUGAGCAUGUCUAUAGUAACCUAUGUUUCUUCGAUAUAGGUAUCAAUUGAAGUAGCCCAGGAAAAUAAAGUACAAUGAGUUGGGUUGUUGAGGAAUGGAAGGAAGGGCUUCCUACAAAGAGCCUGCAGAAAAUCCAGGAGCUGGAAAGUCAGUUGGAUAAACUGAAGAAGGAACGACAACAAAAGCAGUUUCAGCUUGAGUCUCUAGAGGCUGCAUUUCAAAAGCAAAAACAAAAGGUGAUAUUUUAGAAUUGGGUCACGUAGUACUUGUACACACCUGUCUUUCAUUUGUCCGAAUGUAUGGCAUCAGUUUGAAUUUAGAUCAGUGAUGGCUUACCUCUGUCAUUCCAAUGGUUGUUAACUAUGUAUCUUAUGAUCUUCUGUCAGUAUCACUCUAUUGGCAUGUCAGAAUUCUUAAUUCUCAUUAUGCUCAUUCAGCCUCAGAGGUUACCGUUAAAUGCACACCCCACAUUUAAUUUUACUUUUAGCUGCAGCAAUUUGCAAAACAUGUUGUAGUUAUAUGCUCAAACCAGCUUAGACGAUGACUGGAUGACUCAAUUCUUCCUCCUUUCUGUUCAAGUACAACCUUUGCUCAUUCAUCGUAAAAGGACACUAAAGGCACCCAGGCCACUAUAUCUCAGCUAAUUUAUCAAACUAAUCUUAAACGGUUUGAUUUCUAACUCUUCCUCCUGGCACCAUAACUACUACCAAACAUAACCACUCCAAACUUAAAGGACCACUAUAGGCACCAGGACCACUUCAGCUAAAUUAAGUGGUCUGGGUGCCAGGUCCAUCUAGGGUUAACCCUGCAGCUGUAAACAUAGCAGUUUCAGAGAAACUGCUAUGUUUACAUUAGGGUUAAGCCAGCCUCUAGUGGCUGUCUCAUUGAUUUUCACAGUGAGAAGAUGCUUGCGUCCAUAGGAAAGCUUUAAGAAUGCUUUCCUAUGGACUGACUGUGCGCAUUCGACGGAAGAGGGAGGAGAGUCCCCAGCGCCGAGGGAGCCCGGUAAGCCUUUAACCCCUUCCUCCACUUAGAGCCCAGCGGGAGGAGGGGCCACGAGUUUGUUUUCCUGGCACUAUAGUGGUCUUUUAAAGGAACACUAUAGUCACCCAGACCAUUUCAUCUUAAUCAAGUGGUCUGGGUGCAGUGUAAAACAUAGUUUUAAGAAACUGCAGUAUUUACAUUGCAGAGUUAACUCCUCCUCUAGUGUCUGUCAUACUGCCAGACACUAGAGGCACUUAUGCAGCACAGUAAAGAUCUGUCAUGUGACGUGGAAGUGUAUGCGCUUGCAUGCGCAUUAGGUCCCCACUGGUCUUCUAUGAGAAACAUUGGAUUGGAUCUCGCUGGAGGAGGCACUACCUCCUUCGUGAUGGCACCUGGAGAGGAGAGGUGAGCAGCGCCGAGAGAGCCUUGACUCUGGAAACAAGGAAAGUUAUGUUUGAAAUACAGAUUUGUAUUGCUAAUUUUGUAGUGUUCCUUUAACCACUGCUUGAAGUGUUUCUUUAAAUCAGCCCCUGUUUAUAAUGUGCCAUUUUUACAUUGUUUCUAGUAUAUUUGCUUGGCUACAUAUUCCGCACGUCUGGACAUUGUGUGUUAAAAUUUCAUUUUUAUGAAUGUGAUUGUGUAAUUUGAACAGGUUGAAAGUGAAAAAGGUGAAGUAACAGCACUGAAGAGAGAGAAUCAAAGCUUGAUCGAAUUAUGUGACAACCAGGAAAAAGCAAAGCAGAAGCUUCUCCAUGAUCAUCAAGUGAAAGAGUCCCAGGUCAACUUUCUAGAUGGGCAGCUGGCUUCAAGCAAGAAACAAAUUGAGAAGUUGGAACAAGAACUGAAAAGGUGUGAAAAGAAUCAAAGUUUAAAUUGUACAGAAAUAUUGCUAAUAGCAGCAGGGUUCCCACUAACUUUAUACUGUUAUUUGUAACGGGCAGUCAGUGAUAGGCUGAGCACAACCUCUAACCAUCUAAGUUGUGAGCGCCCAAUUGGGGACUGAAGAAAGAGAGUGGACUGGCACCCGGGAACCCACUUAGGUGUUAUACCAUUGAAAAAUAGUUUAACACUUAAAGGAAAUGCAGUACCCGGGGACUCCAGCCCUCAAAACAACUGCAUUGAGAUUAAGGUAUUUGAUGGGAGAGAGUCUCUUUAAUAUAUAUUGAGAGUAGUGUUAUCUCAGUUGGGGACUUGUUACAUUUUUUAAAAUAUUAGUAUUCCUAAGUUAUGUUUUUUUAAAAAUUGUUUGGAAAUAGUGUGCUCACUUUUUUUUUUGUAUUUUUUUGUAUUUUCUUUAUUUUUGGUCGUGCUUGAAAAUACAAUACAUCCUGCGUUGCCACAACUGCAGACGCGAGGAUCUGUAGAACAUACAAAGGUACAUGUAGUAUGACAUUGAGAACAGUUAGAGACAAUAUUAUGCAUCUUGAGAACACAGCACGAAAUUUUUAUAUUUGGGGUAAUAGAGAUAGUGAAACAUAACACUUGGCUGGCUAGGUGAAGAAUGUCUUCGUGACUAAACGGUUUCAUUGCGUGCUAGGUAGAUCAGUAAAAACGAUUAAACCGAACAGUUUUGUAGAAGAAACAUGUAUUAGUCAAGAUAAUGUAGGUGAUUCAUAUGGUAGCACUAGUGGUUUGCACAUUACGGGUGACUGUCAGGAUUAACUAAGUAAGGUUUUAACUGCUUAACAAUAACAUAAAACAAUAAAAUAAAGCUAGUAGUACUUUUAUUAGCAAAAUGCGUAGUGUGACCUGAAUGUACUAGUCGUUAAAACUAGGUAAAGCAGUUAAACAGUUGUGUGCUUGAACAUUAUAGUAAGCUUAUAACACCGCAUAGCCUAGGGAGGAGAUAGCUUGAAUUUAGCAUUUCAAGGUAGUGAUGUGGCAUCACAAAUAGAUAGGUACAACCCAAGGGUUCCACUUAGUAUUAAAACAUUGCUGAUCUGGUUUAGGAUGCUAACAUUGCUUGGGUGAACAAUUAUUCUAACAUGGCAGUAUCUUAGCUAGGCAUUAGGUUCUACUGCGUGUUUUAAUAUAUAUAUUGAUGUCGCUUUUAAAGUAUUUUCUCCAGUUUUGUUCAAUUGAGCAGGUGAGGUACACGUUUAGCUAUGACAAAACUGCAUAAAACAGCAUAUGAUCUGCACUAGGGCUCAGGGUCUUUUAGUGUUAGGUAAACAGGCUAGGUAGGGAGGCAGGUAGAGUGCCAUUGGUUUCUAGGCUAGGAACAUGUAGAGACAUAUAUAGUGACAUGACAUAUAUAACCAUGGGUUAUUUCUGCAGGAGAUGCCCCUGUGGGGAAUUUGGUAAUAAGCAGGUUCCAUGUGUAUUGGUCCCCGGAUGGUAGUUAUGGGGGUUAUAGUCCCGGCAACAUAUAGAUAAACAGUAAUUUAAACAUAAGAUAAAGCAAACACUUUGCCCAAUGAGAAGUAUAUGAUGGUUCUGCAUAUUUUCAAAUGGUAGUUAUGUCGAGCUAGGUCAACUAUACAGGCUAGUGACUUCAAGCUAAAGCGUACUAGGCAGAUGUGCCUGGGAGCAAACAGGUUAUUUAAACAUUGAGUCUCGCAUGCAUUGAGAACGUUACGCCACUGGGUUGUGGGCCUGGGCAUAGGGGACUGUGCAUCUGAUUAAGUCAAAAUUAUAAGCAACUAAAUAAACAAAGCCUAGCUAGUUCUACCUUGCAGGGUAACCUGUCAAUUAGCUUAGAUUACACUUAGGUGAGUAACUAAGGAGACACACAGUUAUUAAUACUUUGCUAAGUCUUAUGCGGUGAGGCUUAGGCCUGAUGUGACAGUUGCAAAGCUAGAACUAGGUUUGGUACCUGUUAUAACACUUGCAAUGAUUAGUAGGAGUCCAGGGUGAUGGGCAUUGCAGUCGUCCGCUUGAGAAAUCAGCCAACGACACAGGGUGGGAUGGCGGUGCAAGGAUCAAGGGCCAGUUCAUCAGGCGUUGGGGGGAAGCCCCCUCUAGCCUGCAUUCGGCUAGGAGGUUGUCCUGCUUUUCUUGUCUGCCCAUUCCGACCAGCCGGUCGCUUUAUCCUCCGUGUUGCGUUUCUUCUCCUAUCACUCCCGGGUGUUUUCGCAUGUCUUCGGCCCGAGGCCUUAGCGGGGGCCCCUACCACAUGUCCAUUGACCCCAAACAGGGUCGUGGGCCCAGGGUUCCUCCGGGUCCCGGCUAUCUCCCUGGGUGUAUGGGUGGUGGUGGAGAGCUACCUCCAGGUGAGCUCCCGGCUCGGAAGAAGAGUGCGGUCGGGUACCGGGUGUGCGGAGCAUUCGUAGCACUCCGUGGUUGCGGUUUGGGGCUAGGUGACCUCUCCUGUGGUGGCUUUUGUGCAGGGGACGUUUCCUCCUGCGGCGCCAUCUCGAGGCCCUGUGUGGGUUAGGAGCAGUUUGUUUGCGGCUGUGUUGCCUGAGCAUCUCGUUGUUCAGGCAUUGUGUUUGUUUAAUCUGCUUUGCCCUGAUCUCCAGUUUCGCCCAAAAGCCCUCGAAUAUAGCAUGUAGUCUGGCCGCGCAACCCGGCACCCCUGUAUGGCAUUCCGAUGUCUUGCACAGUGUGUGUAGCGCCGCCAUUUUAGGUGUGCCAUGUGCUCGGUUGUCCUGGCGUUGCUGCUUGUUACUGCCCAUCCAGUUGCUUAAUGUGGACCGAGAUGACCCCCGUCGGUCCAUGGGGGGGGGGUAGGAGGUGAGUGCCCAGAGGUAUCCACGUCCAGGUCAGUCAGCGCGGGGAGCGGCCGUCUCCCCGUAGCUCGAUCUCCGGCAGGCCUCGGGUUAUAUGGUCGGGUCCCCAGAGGGUUGCAUGCUUGAUUUUGGUAUCGGGUGAUUCCCCCGGGUGUCCCCGUCAUGAUAAAUGCUCUCCAGUGAGGGAUUGUGCCAGAUUUUGUGGGGAUUACCCCCGAAAAGUGCAGGAUUAGGCAGGAGCUGAAAUGCAGCACAACCUCUCAGUCUGGGUGCUAGGCUCCGCCCCCAGUGUGCUCACUUUUUAACAUGUAAGUGGCUUUAUAACUCUGUAAUUGUUGAUUUCUCACUUUAAUUUAUCUAUGAUCUUAUGCUUUCUUCUAGAUAUAAAAAUGACUUGGAAAAAAGCCAGCAAUCAUUUACUGCUGGAGACAUGUCCCUGUGUGUCACACCCCAGAAAACCUCAUUUAUUUCUUGUACACCUAAUAAAUACAAUGGUAAGUAAAUUAAUCAUAUUUAUCACACACAUCAAAUGUUAUUUCUAUGUCUUAAUAUAACAUCCAUUUCCAUUUAGACUCCAAAUAUGAGGAUUUGCAAGAAAAAUACAAUAAAGAAGUUGAAGAGAGAAAAAGACUAGAAACAGAACUAAGAGUGCUCCAAUUAAAAGUAAGGCAUACGAAAUGCAUUAAAACAACUAUAGCUUAAUGAAAUAGUUUUGAUGUGUAUAUAUCAUGCAAAUGCAAUAGACGGUUUGAUUCUCUGCCAUUUAGAAGUUAAAUCACUGUUGUUUCUGUUUAUGCAGCGCUAGCCGCACCUCCCCAGGCUAUGAUUCGCACAUAACAUUUAUGUGGUUUCAUUUUCCAUCUGAUAACUUACAUUAGAAGUUUUUAUCCCCUCCUCUGUAAAUUGAAAUGUAAUCACAUACAGGAGGCUUCUGCAGUAUCUAGAAGACUUUUUUAGAGUUGUCCCAAACUAAUUUUGUCUCCCUUGCUCUCUCUUUCCUGUAGCGUGAUGUUAUCCCAGGAAAUGGGUUUUAUACCAGCUUGUCAUGAGAACAUCACGGUCUCAAACAGUGAUACUUAAAAAUGACCUUAUAUAUUAUCCAACACAGAUCUAUAAUACUUACCUCCCAACUUGUCAAAAUAUGUUCAUCCAUGUGCUAGACAUGCUUUUUUAUUUUUCAUAACCCCUAUUAGAAUUGGAAUGAUAUGGGGAACUUUUUUUUUUCGCCUGUCACUUUCUUUUUUUGAUUACCCAGUGGGGUUUGUGCUUUCUCAGAAUACCUUGAGAGGAAUGCACUUGGGCCUUAACACAAAUAUCAAUUUUAACCCAGUCUAGUGCUCUUGGACCGUAACGUUCCAUCAUUUUGUCUGUUUUUCAAAGUUUCCUAUUUAGUGAAUAAUCCAAAUGCUACAUGUAUCAAAUCUUAUUCUUUAUAAAAUGCCAUCAUGAAAUUUGUGUAUUGUGAAAAUUUAAAAUUACCCUCCUGUAACAGUUAUUUCUACUGUGUAAUUGUUUUGAGAGAACUUUGAUUUGGUGCAGGAUAACAGUUAAGGUUUGCAUUAAUUUCAUUUAAGAGGGAUGCCCGCAAGAGUUACUCAAUCCAAAAGCAGUGUUUUAUCAACACACUUUAUUUUUUAUUUUUUUUGUAGAGGAACCUUUUUAUGAGGUGGCAAACACCUCUUUGGAUGAAACAAGAAUAAACACAAACCUUAAUUAUAUACUGAAGUGUGGUACAUGCCCUUUUGUUACUGUACAUUUUAUAUAUAUUUAUUUUUCUUCUCAGAGCACAAAUCAGACCCCGCAGUCCUCUUCCCACAGUACCAUGAACCACAGAGAUAUUGCUCGUCACCAGGCAUCAUCGUCUGUAUUUUCGUGGCAACAAGACAGAACACCAAGUCGCUCUUCAUCCAUUACUCAGGACACUUCUCUUAAGAGAGGUUUUGCAGCAACCCAUUUUCCAUGGGAACAAGAGGAGGUGCCAAGCAAAAAAGGCUACAAAUUGGACAAUGUGUCCAAAAGUACAUCUAAUUCCUACAAUGAUAAUGUCAAUGAACAACUUAGAGUCCAGAAUCAAGGUAGGUUUGAUUAAAUUUCAGAGAAUGUGAGUUGAAAAAUAAAAAAUUCUUAAUACAAGAAAGUCUUUUAAAAUAUUACUACUUGUGCCAUAGUUUUAUAUUUAAUUUGAAAGAUGUCUUUGUUGGAUUUCAGUUAUGACAAAGUGAAAUGAUAGUUAGAAAUGUAUAGCCAGUAGCCUGAAAUGUAAAGUUGUUACAGCAAAAUAGGUAAUAAAGGAACUCUAUAGAGUUUGGAAUACAAACUUGUGUUCCUAAAGCUUUAGUGUCAUUGUUCCUACUUAAAUUGAGAUGUAUAAUAAAAAAAUAAGUUUUUUUACUUACCUUUUCCAACGUUGAGGCUUCCUGGGAGCUGCUUACUACUUCUUCCGUAAUGUCACACAGGAGGCAUAGCCUCCAUGAUGAUCAAAUCCAAUGCUCUCCAAUGGGGGUUUCCAAGUCAUAUGACUGAUUUUUACUUGGCCUGUGCAGUAAAAGCGCCUCUAGUGGCUGUCAGGAAGUAGGUCACUAGAUGUGGAUUUAAUCUUGCAAUGUAAACAUUGUAGUUCCUGCAGUUUUUUUACAUUGCUUGGUUAAAAAGACAGUACUACUGCAUCCAGACCACUUUAUUGAGAUGACUAUAGUGUCCCUUUAAAUCUCAUAUUUCUAAUUAAAGUGAAAGUGCAUCUACAUACUUGAAAAUAUAAUUCAGAAGCACUUGAAGUAAAGAGAGUUGUCUUCAUGUUUCAUUCUGUUGCACUGGAGAAAUGUAUUUCAACAAAGUAAUGAGAAGCCUCAUGUAGCUCUGUAGCAUGUGUGCACUCUUGUUGUUGUCCUUAAUUACAAAGCUUUCCAUGGGUCUUCAUGAGAUAAUUCCACGGAGUAUAUGUUCGGUGUUCUGUCUAUAUCAUACACUUUUAUAGGUCAUUCAUUUUUUUUUUACCUGUUUUUGCUCCUUCAGAGCUCAUAUCCAAAAUAAAUGAGAUGGAGACUAGAUUACAAAUUCAGGAAAAGGAGAUAAAAAAUCAGGUUUCAAGGUGCCAAGAAACUCAGAUUAUUUUAGAGAAAACCAAGAUGGAUCUUGCAGAGAAGGACCACACCCUAACAAAAAGCAAAGAUGAGCUGGCCAGAGUGAAGAUACAGCUGGAACAAGCUACAGAUAAGGUAUUGGAAACUGUUCUUAUUAUGCCUAAGAAGUUGAACAUGACAAUAAAAUGUAAUAAUUUUUUAGUAGAAAAACUGAUAUAUUAAAUCUUUAUAAUUUUGUUAACACACUGUUAUUUUUAGUUUUUGUAUGUGUGUGUGUGUAUAUAAUUGAAGCCAUUAGAACAUAUUUGUAAUAUUCAUUGACACAUGAUAUGUAUUAAUAUAUGUUUGUAAAUACUUAUUCUUCUUAGAAAACAUGAAAUGGAGCUUUUGGAAUUUUUCUAGGAAUUUGAUUUAAAAAAUAAUUUAAACUAUAGCUUCUUUUUGCCAAUUAAUGCACUAUUUAACAUCGAUGUGUGUUGUGUAUUUUGUCAGGGCGUGCUGGCUGAACAAAAACUGAAGAAGGUUUCAGAAGAACUUAGCUGUCAAAGGCAGAACGCUGAAAGUUCUCGAAUCACUGUGGAGCAGAAACUAAAAGAUAGAGAGAAGGAACACCAACAGGUAAAUAAUAAUGUAGUGUACAUAUGGACGGAUUGAUUUACAUGUCAUAUGUAGCGUUUUACGUUAAACCCACAUAUAGCCCCCUCUAAUGUUUUCUGUCAAUUAUUCCCUUUAGUCUUGACUAAACUGCACCCAUUUGAAUGUCUUAGUUUAUCUGCCUUAUAGUUGUUGUUCUCUAGCCAAUAGAACAACAUGUAGAAGUUUUUCAAUUCUCACUGGGAUCUGUGCGCCACCUGUUAUCUUGAAUUUUGGUUUGAGAACCACAACCUGAAAAGCACCAUAAGCACUGUAGUGGUUAGGCUGUCAGGGUUUCACUGUCACUAUACCAUUUGUUUCACAGUUACUGGGUUCCCCUUGGUCCAUCCUCUUUAGUUGUAUCGAGGUACAGAAGUUCUCAUCUUUCAGUUUUGUGCAACUUUUCAGAGCAUUCAUAGUCUGAGAGCAUACACUGAAACUCGCAAGCAGUGUGAAUUUUUAUCCAGUUACAGUGCUUGGGGAAUCUUUUUCACCACAACCACUACAGAAGGCCCCUUUAACACACUGUCGGCAUAAUUGCAAAGUCUUUGGAGAGCUGCAGAAAGAGAGCAAUAGUUUACAAAAUAACCAGGACAAGUUAAUGAUGAGUCCUGUAAAGUCUGACUCGUGUAUGUAAGAUUUUCUGUCUCCACUACUACUUUACCACUAAUUUGCGUGGACUCAAAUUAUUACAGAGCAAUACAGUUGUCUUCAGUAAUAUUACUCUAGGUUCGGUUUUAUAAAUAUCCCUUGCACCUAUGCCAAAUAUUAGAAGCUAAACUCUUAUUUGUGUGUGUACAUAGAUAGAGAUCUUGAGCUAUAGUACUAAUGAUGAUACUUGGGAGUGUUCCUUUAAUGGGAGAUCUUGUUUAGUUUUUAUGGUUUAUUUUAGUUCUGAAACAAUUAAUAAUGGUGAAAGGCAGUUGUCAAUCGUGUACAAUUUGUAUUUGAUAUUAUUUUUUUUUUUUUUAUUUUUUUUUAGGACCUUGUGCGUCAACAAAAUUCCCUUCAAAGUAUGGAACAACAGCUGAACCAGAUGAAAACAAAACUGAGCCAGGAGACCCAGCAAGCUAAAAAUCAGUUUAAUGCAAUGCAGGCAGAACUCGACAAAGUAAGAUAUUUGCCAAAUGCAAAGAUUUUAUGCAAAACACUCAUACACACUCUUUUUACCAAGUAUAUCAUAGACAAGUUAUUUAACAGUCAUCCUCUAAAAACGUGUAACUAAAAUGUCCUCACACUUUUGACGUUCAAUUAAAAUUUGCCAAAGUACUAUGUUACUACCUAUGAAAGAGAUAUCACCAAGGCCGGCCUUAGGGGUGUGCGCCAUGGAGCAGGGGGCGCCCUGCGGCCUACACAACUCACACAUUGCUGGCUACCCGGGUGGAGGAUUCCAUUAUUCUCCACCCGGGAUAAAAAACAAAAACAAACAAACAAAAAACUUGGGGGCGGGGCUAAAUGACGGUGGGGCUAAAUGACGGUGGGGGAGGGGGGCUAGCUAGAAGUGCCGGUUAAUUGCUGCAUGGGAAGCAGGAAGGUGUGUGUGUCUGCAUGUAACGGGGUGUGUAUGUGUGGCUGUAUAUCUGUACCUGUACCUGUGUGUGCUUGUAAUUGUCUGCUUCUAACUGUGUGUGUGUAUGUGUCUAAUGAAUAUUUAUUUUUAAAUCAUUUAAUUUAAUAAAUCCCCUAUACAAUCACUACACUUCUAUACAUGGAUGACAGGGGAGAGGGGGCGCUGCGAAGAUAUUUCGCACAGGGCGCCUAAAGGCCUAAGGCCGUCCCUGGAUAUCACCACAUAUAGUAAAUAGACACCAUAUUGAUAUGUAUAGUAAUUUGUAAACCACCAUGCAGAUUAGCAUAAUUGGUGUUGAAUUAACUUUUUCACUGCGAAUGACUCUUCUGAAGUGCAGAGGAGGACACUGUGUUUUCUGGCUCAUUUCCUUCAAACAAUCCCUACUCACUUUACUAAUGAAGCUGAUGUGUGACACUUUUAGUGGCCACUCCUCAGAUGGUCACUAGAGGUGCUUUCUGAGGAAUUACGCUCAGCGUCUCUACACUUUGCAUGGAGACGCUAAACUUUCCUCAUAGAGAUCCAUUGAUCCAAUGCUUUCCCAUUAUGAUUGGCCUAGUGCUGGAGGACCCGUGCAACGCUGGAAGUAAGGUGAGUUUUUGCUAGCUUUAAAAAGGAGGCGGGGGGGGGGGUGCGGUAACUAGUUAGUUUAACAUUAUACGGUCAGGAAUACAUGUGUGUAUUCCUGACCCUACAGUGUUCCCUUAAUUACUUUGCAAGUCUCAAUAUUUUACGGUCAUGUUCACAUCCAUCAAAGGCUGGUUCCGAUUCAAGGGAGUAGUUGUUAAGCAACUAAUGGAAGGAGUUGCCUAAUCUAAUCAGUGAGUUAAUUAUUUUUAGAAUUGGGAAAACCACGAAUUGAAUGUUUAUUUUAUUUAUUUAAAUGAAAGCCUACAAUGUCUUGUCUUCUUCACUGUUCAACAUCUGCUGUUAUAAGAAUUGCUGUUUUCAAUGAAUACUCUAUUUAUGUUUAGGUGAAUCAUUUGAAAAUAAGUUUGGAAGUGGAAAUAGAGGAACUAAAGCAGAAACUCUGCAGAUCAGAACAAGCAUUACAUACCUGCCAGAAAAAUGAAAGUGAUUUUAAGAAAAACGUUGAGGUAACUAUAGAAUAAGAAAAAAAACUAAUGGUUAAUGCCAAUAAAAUCCCCAUACAAGAAUGGGGGUUUCCUGUAGGUAAUCCAAUUUAAUCUAUACCCUGUGCUAACCAACAUUUAUAUUAUUGUUGAUUUAUUUUUCGUUUAAAAUUUCCAUAAACACUAAAUAUUGCAAUGUCAAUGCACUAGGCAGCCAUUGGUGUGUUGAAAUUCACUCCAUAUGAGUUAUGCUAUAAACCUUCCAGGUUUGUAGUGGCUAGUACAUUGCAAGACCUGGCUAGUGAGGUAGGACUUUUAAGCCCUGGAUUAAAUUAUGUUGACAAUAACAAGUCAAGUGCCUAAUGUGCUAACACUCCUUUAACAGACUGCUCCAUACUCAGGAAUAAAUAAAAUAAUAAUAGUCUUUAAAUAAAUAUUUGCCAGGUUUUGUACAUUUUUUACUUUUUUUUUUUUUUGGAAUGUUGUUUCCUUUUACAUAUAGCUUGUGUGUAAUUCCUUAACUCCGGUAAAUGUGUCAAAUUCUUAUUCUUUGAAUUUCUCCCCCCCCCCAUUUCAGUCAUAUACCUGGCUUAUAUGGUACACAUGAUGCUUCUUACUUUUAGCCUCGGUUUCUUGUCAUCAUUAAUAUUCCUCCCCAUCCAUUUUAUUUAUAUAUAUAUAUAUAUAUUUAUAUUUAUAUUUAUAUUUAUAUUUAUAUUUAUAUUCCUUUCCUAAUUAGUUAUUGUAUCAAGUAAGGAGAUAGAAAAGAAACACCAGAGGAGAUAAGUGCUAUAACUCUAGUUAUUACCUCCCACACCCCCACCCCUCUCUUGUGACUUCCAAUGGUAGCUGUUGCCUUGAUAUUCUAUUUAUCUUCCUAUUUUGAAUUUCUGAUUGUGCGAAUCACCAGUUGUUGGUGGAAUAUGUUAGAUAUGCCCACAACACUGCUGGCUGUAGCCCGUGACCAUAUAAGUGUAUAAGGCGCAAGCCAUAAAUAAAAUAAGUGUCAUUCAGUGGUGCUUCUAUCAUAAAGAUAUUGCACCUUAAAACUACCUCAAUGUAGUUAAGUAGAAUAUGCUGUUGCUGCAUGUUACCUAAGGUGCCUGGGUGCAGAACAUUCCAUGCUCCAGAACUGCUGACCUAUUGAUCUUAUUUGUAAUCUAGGGUUAACCAAAAGGAAGCAAUAUACACUAGCAAUUAUGAAAGUAAACCACACUCAGUAUCUGAAACUGUGAAAUUUGACAUUUUAAUUUAAUGUGUGUGUAUCACAAUAAUUUAUACUGUGUUUGAGUAAUAAUAAAAUGCUGUGAAUGGUGAUAUCUGUUUAAAACUGACAACCAAACCUUUUUGCUUCCCACAAUAUACAUGUGUAUAAAACUGUAACUAUCGACAAAUAGCGCUUCCUAGUCUAAGCACUAUACAUGGGUAGCUGCAUUCAUUGCCAAGUCUCUGCAUUCACCAAUACGACUUCAUUUUCUUGCUUCCCAAGCCUUGCCUUUUCUCUGUAUGGCAUUUAUGAUCUAUGUCCAUCUGCCACCUCCAUUGCCUCUGAAAAUUUAAAGCUCAUCUCCAGUGAUGUUUUGCCAAGGCCAUCUGCUGUAAACUGCUACAAGACUAUAAUUUCUGCAGAUUUAUAUUUUACAAAUUACUGUGCACAUAACCAUGUUCCGAAACCUCUCUUGCACAUUUCCUGUAGUGGACAGAUUUGCUUAACACCAGUUUGUUAUUCCUUGUACCACAAGACAUGAUAUUUAUGGUGAAUCACCUUGCAGGUUACAGACAAGUCGGAAUGUUCAUAUAAAUUUAGGGGAAUGGCUAUUACUGUAUACAGAGAAUUAGUGUACGAACUGCUUAUUCUGCUUUCAAACCAAACACAUUUUUGAUGAAUUUGUUUUGGAAGAAGUUAGAAAAUGGGUUAUGGUAAUUGUGAAAAUUUUCGAUAAUUGUGUGAAAGGGGUGAUUAAAAGAACACUAUAACCAGCUUGACUACUUCAUCUUAAACAAAAAAAAAAAUAUAUAAAUUAUAUAUAAUAAAAGGGGGGCCUUGAAAUCUAAAAGACCCCAUUUAGCCAGCGCCAAGCGACAUGUGAUGGAGGGAGGGGGUACUCCCGGAUUCUGCAGUGCCAGGAAAACGGGUUUGUUUUCCUGGCAAUAGAGAAUCCAUUUAAGGGCAAAAUAGCCAAACCAGAAAUAUUUUCUAAUUUAGCUGUUUCCCGUUUAACUACUUUGGCCUUUUAGUUUCACUUUGAAUUCUCCCUUUAGUGACUAACCCUGUGUUUUAAUAACCAAACUUGCACAGUAUCUUUUUUUUAACUUCAUUUUAUAAACUCUUCCAAUUGUUUUUAUGUAUUUUUAGGAAGCAAAGUCUGAACAAAAUGCCAUCAAAUGUCAGUAUGACCAGAAAUGCAGAGAAUAUCUGAAACUAGAGGAGGACCUCAGAACAGCCAAUCAAACUUUAAGACAAAAUCAGACAUUUGUAGAGGAAUUAAAAAGUGAGUAACUUAUAAUAAGUGUUGCUUGAUUCACAUAGCAGUAGUAGGAAGGGAAUGUUGAAAGAUCUAGCAAUAUCCAACUUUUUGCAUGUUGGCUUCUAAAUCUAUGUCUGCAUGCUACCAAGACAGUCUGGUACCAUUUUAAAAUGUAAGAAAUGCAUCAGGAGCGCUGAUAAGUUAUAUCCCCAAAUAUUGUAGAUCUAAAACAUCUGGGGAUCUGUCCUAACAUUCAUGGUGCGCAAGCGAUUAUCCCUGCCUAUUUAGGUUAUACAGAUUUGUAAAUGUUUUUAAAGGAAAGGAAUACUCAUUUUUAUUAUUUAAAGUAAAAAAUGACACAUAUUGUGGCCUAAAUGUGUAUUAUUUUGUAAUGCGUACAUAUAAAGUAAAUACUUCUUUUCAGUGCGUCUUUUGUCUUGACCCUGCUCUUUGGUGGCCAUCUCAAAGUUCUGUUGGUCAGGGCUGCAGAUAUCUGCCCAGCAACCAUUCAGUAAAUGAACAGCUAGUACGCAUGCACAUCACGAACAAGUGUUUGGCACUUCAAAAAAUGCACGUUUCAGUCCUCUAUACUGAUGAAUGAUUAGGUAUGUGGUGCUUCUAGUGCAAAAAUGUAUAGCUACUGUGUAUAAUAUAUGAUGUUUUUACACCUACCUUAAUGAAUAUAGGGGAGAUUUAGACACUUUAAAUAGCUAUAACACUCUAAAAAUAUACAUACAUAUAAAUGUGGUUUGUUCUUAACAUUUUCUUUUCUCUUUUUCAAAGAUAAAAAUGUUAUCAUAGAAGCAGAAUUGAAAUUGGUCCAUGAAAAAUUGCAAGAUGAAGGUUCGGUUAGUCUUCAGAGCACAAAAAGCACUAUUUUAAAUCUGGAAAAAGAGAGAGAUUUCACCCAAGAAUUGUUAAAGAAGAGAGAUCAGGAUAUUGAAGAGAUGAAGGUUACUCUAGAAAACUUGGCAAAAGAAUCUACAACUCUGAAACAUUUAACCGACUGUAAAGAAAAGGAAUGCAAAGACUUGCUCAAUGCAAAUACUUCACUUUCUAAUUGGAAAAACGAGCAAGAAAAAACAACUAAUCAACAUUCCAGAGAAAUGGAAGAUAUGUUGAGUAAGAUUAGCGAACUGAAAGGUGUGGUUCAGACACAUGUAGAUAAAAUACACUCACUGGAAAAUGACAAAACAAAUUUAAAUAUUCAGAUUAAAGCUUUACAAGAGCUUGUGAAUACCAAAAUGGCUGAUUUUGAGAUGCAGAAAGCUGCGUACAAUGAUCUUUGCCAAAAACAGGAAGUGGAAAGUCAGAAAUUAAGGAAUGAAACCGAAAAAUUAGUGCAAGAAAUAACUGAACUUAAGGGGCAAAUUGAAGAACAUAAAUCACAUCCUUGCCAGGACCAAAUGUCUUUAUUAGAGAACAUAUUACAGAAUGAAAAGCUGCAGAACGCUGAAUUGCGCCGACAGCAUGAUGAACUGCUAAAAACUCAAGUGGGCACUAAAAUUAGUCUGGUGGAAUUCGAAGACACGCAUGAACGAUUUGUAGCAGAGUCUAGAAGCCAAGUACAAAGCUUACAAAAUGAAAUUUCAUCUAAACAAAUUGAUAUUGAAUCACUGGCUUCUACUAUUAAGGAGAAAGAUGAAGCCAUUAACAGCUUAUCAGAGAAAUUAAGACUUAAGGACACUGACAUGCUUUCUGCAUGUCAAACUAUUAAGGAGCUCAAUGAUGAACUGCAAGCACUAAAUCAGGUUUCUGAGUCAUGGUCGAUAGAAAGGGAAACACUAACUGCGUUAAUUAGCUGUAAUCAAAAAGACAUUGAACGGCUGACUGCGGAAAAUAAAAGAAUCAAUGAACUUGGUGAUGGAGCCCUGAAUUGUAAUAAAAAACAAGAAGUAGAUGUGGAACAUGUUUCUGAAGAAGCGAAAUCUAUGCUCAACAGAAGCUUCAUUAAGAACACAGAAGAACACGAAACUCUAAAAUUGAAACUCUCAGAGAUGAAAGAGAAAUACUGCAAAUUACAAAUCGCAAAUGAAGAACUAACCACGCUAGUCUGUGAUCUGCAAGGCAAAGAAUUAUCUCGAAACAAAAUCUUAGAAGAAUUCAGAGAGAGCCUAGAAGAAAAGGAAAAAUUAACAAGUAAAUUGCAUAUUGACACGGAAAAGACUAAUGGUUCAGCAGGUCAUGAUGAUGGUGAUGUGGAUAUGACUGAAGGUGUGAACAUUGAAUCCGUGAAAGCUCUGAUAUUCAACAGCAAAGACAUGGAUCUUUGUAAUACUCAAGCUGAGCUUCAUGAAGAAACCUCAUGUUCUGAAGUUAAGAUUAUUUUAUUAAAUUCUGAAAACAUUUAUCAACCAACUACCACAACUCUUGAAAUGGAAAAUGAUGUCCCAUUGAAAAAGUCAAAGAGGUUGAGUUUAAAUGACCCUACAACUGAUUUGUGUGAUAUGUUGAUGCAAAAGUUUGAUUUGCCAGGCCAAAGUGAGUGUAUCACUGAUCAGCAAAGUGCUACUGCUUCAGAAAUAACAUUCUUUACUGACCAAAGCAAAUGUGAUGGGUACAGGCCCAGGAAAUCUGUUUCUGAUGAACUGUUUGACCUAACCUUCAACAGAUCGUUUGAAGAGCAACUGUGUUCUCUUGCCAGUGUGAAUAGCAAUGAUGAAGAUGGUGUAAAACAAUUACUUGCCAUUUACGAAGCGGAAGUAAAUGACUUGAAGAAACAGUAUGGUUCAGAAAUUGCAGCACUGCAACAAACAUUAAAAGACCAAGCUAAUGAAAUGGAAAAUAAAUUGGCCGAAGAGAAGAAACAGAAGGAGCAUCUAUCACUUGAACUUGAAGCUGCAAGGCUGGAGCUGCAGGUCCUUGACUUGAGCGCACGUUCGCUUCUGUCUUUUGAUGUUGAUGAUGUAAGUAUCUGUUGAAUUAGAUUUUUACCAAUAUGUAUAUAUUAUAAGUACAGAAUAAGAAAGGAAAGAGAUAGAGGUGGACAAAAUCCACAUCACUAAUUCCAAGGAAGGGUUACAGAGAUAUCAAGGGGCAUAACCCCACAAAAUAAUUUAAAAGGAUAAGACUAGAGUGAAGUGGUUGUUCCACUAAAGAUGGAAAAAUUUGGACAUCCACUUCACCAAAUGAUAUCUCUAGAUAAUUACAAUAAUUGUUAGGUAUAACCUUUAUUAAGCCGACUUUAGGCAAAACACAAAACAAUAAAUAAUAAUAAAAAUAAAGUAAUAGUGAAACACUUGUGGGAAAAACACGUGAAGUAAAAAGUGGGUAGAUGUAGUUUGGAUAUCCUCAGUGUAUAUUGGGGUAAUUUAGGUAACUUCACUGAAAACACUAGUAACCAGUACAAUAAAGUACCGUAUGUGUUCAGUCACAUAUCACAAAAUUGCUCCCCCUAAAGUCUACAGGGAUCUGAAAAUCCCAGCUAUACAGAGGUACAUCCACAAAAAUUUCCCAUAGACUCUAGUAUAUUAUCACAGCAUAUACUUUCGGUUUAGAUAGAUAGUAUCCAUAUACAGUUUUAUCUAUCAUCUACAGAUGUAUCCAAAGUGUUGCAAAUAAAGACAGAGUCUAGGAAGAAGCUGAGAGGCACUGUGUAUAAAGUGUGUUACUUGGUAUUUAGUACUUAGAUAAGAUGUAGAUACUCAUUACUAAGUGGAGAGGUCACAGGAGGAAAGAGCUUAAAUAGAUCUAGAAAGGUAGUUAAAGAAAAGUAGUAUGUAAGUGUCUCUAAGGAUGGAUUAACUUAUAUAAAUAUAUAGAGGUUCCCACCCAACAGAAUGAAUCCCUCCCGGGAUCAAAAAGGACACUUAAAUGUGCAGAAAAUUACUACACUUGCUAAAUCCAGCUCAUGUGUAUACUGAACGCUGCUGCUACACAACUCCUAUAAAUACUACACACUGCUGCUUCAAGGCAGCCUAACACUGAAGAUCACUAGCUGAACUGUCUAGCUGAUAUUUUUCUGUUAUAGCCAUAGCUAGUGGCACUACUAGGACUUCAAUUAUACCUAUUUAGACAGUUCAGCUAGUGAUCUUCAGUGUUAGGCUGCCUUGAAGCAGCAGUGUGUAGUAUUUAUAGGAGUUGUGUAGCAGCAGCGUUCAGUAUACACAUGAGCUGGAUUUAGCAAGUGUAGUAAUUUUCUGCACAUUUAAGUGUCCUUUUUGAUCCCGGGAGGGAUUCAUUCUGUUGGGUGGGAACCUCUAUAUAUUUAUAUAAGUUAAUCCAUCCUUAGAGACACUUACAUACUACUUUUCUUUAACUACCUUUCUAGAUCUAUUUAAGCUCUUUCCUCCUGUGACCUCUCCACUUAGUAAUGAGUAUCUACAUCUUAUCUAAGUACUAAAUACCAAGUAACACACUUUAUACACAGUGCCUCUCAGCUUCUUCCUAGACUCUGUCUUUAUUUGCAACACUUUGGAUACAUCUGUAGAUGAUAGAUAAAACUGGAUAUGGAUACUAUCUAUCUAAACCGAAAGUAUAUGCUGUGAUAAUAUACUAGAGUCUAUGGGAAAUUUUUGUGGAUGUACCUCUGUAUAGCUGGGAUUUUCAGAUCCCUGUAGACUUUAGGGGGAGCAAUUUUGUGAUAUGUGACUGAACACAUACGGUACUUUAUUGUACUGGUUACUAGUGUUUUCAGUGAAGUUACCUAAAUUACCCCAAUAUACACUGAGGAUAUCCAAACUACAUCUACCCACUUUUUACUUCACGUGUUUUUCCCACGAGUGUUUCACUAUUACUUUAUUUUUAUUAUUAUUUAUUGUUUUGUGUUUUGCCUAAAGUCGGCUUAAUAAAGGUUAUACCUAACAAUUAUUGUAAUUAUCUAGAGAUAUCAUUUGGUGAAGUGGAUGUCCAAAUUUUUCCAUCUUUAGUGGAACAACCACUUCACUCUAGUCUUAUCCUUUUAAAUAUAUAUUAUAAGCAUCGGCUUUAAAAGGUUACUCCAGGCAACAUGACCACUUAAUUUAUUCCUGUACUGUUGAAUAUAACACGAUUAUAAAUAAUUGUAGCAUUGUAACCUUUAUCCCCUUUACUUCUACAUUGUCAAACUGCCUAUCAAAUCACAAUUAUAUUCUCUUCGGUUAAUUAUAAUUAUGUGACACAAAUGGAGGGACACACAAACCAUUUCUUUAUUUGUUACAAAGGUGGAAAGUUUCCUGAGACCUAACUUUGUGUUUUUCAAAGCUUUUAAGUUAGAAAUAAAAUUACAGUUCUGUUUUUAUUUUCUUAAGUUGACAAAUUAUAGUUAAAAUUUUGUCCAGAUAAGAUUUCAUUUCUCUCUAUUUGUCUGACUUGUUCCUUUUGUUUUCAGUUAACAAAAACAUUUGACGCCACCAAUCAGAGCAUAUGCACCGUUUUACCUAUAGGAGGUUUAUCGUUAAAUACUACUAGUUUGCAAACAAGCGAAAGUCCUGGAGAAUCCAAUAAUACUCUACAUUCCAAACACACAGAGGAUGUAAAACUUGCAUCUUUCAGUUUGGAGAAAUCACCUGAAAAUCCGGGGACCACUGGAAUUGAGAGUCCAAAAUGUUCCCCUAACUCUUCAACUACUAAGAUCUUGGAGGCUUCCCCAGAUAUUCUGAAAGUUCAAACCGUUAUAGAAAAUCUUAGGCUUCAAGCUCAGCAAUUUUCUAAUGAGAACCUAAAGCUUCUGCAACGAGCAGAGGAUGGGGAGCAUAAGAUUGAGACAUUGGUUGCUGAACUGAAAGACCUAACUGCAAAGAUUGACGGGCAGAAAUCAGAAUGUGUUGGAAAUGAGGCAGCAAGCUUAGAACUUCACAAUUAUGUGAAGGAACUUGAAGAGGAGAGAGCAUGUUUGUUUGAAAAACUCGAAUUACUUUCUUCUGAGAAACAGCAGUUAACUGUAAGAGUUGAAAACUUGGAAAAAGACCACAAUAACACGUCUAAUACAGUAGAGAAGCUCAAAAUUCAGUUGUCCGACUUGUCCAUCAUACGUAAAGGUUUGGAAAUGUCGAGUGAGGAAUGGAAAGAAAAAUAUCUUCAAACAGAAAAUGAGCUAAGAAGGACUAAAUCUGAAAGGGCAAACAUUGAGAAUCAUGCAUUAUCUCUGGAAGCUGACCUAGAUACCCUACAAGCCAAAAGCCAACACUUACAAGAUGAAAAUGCAGAAAAUAUAAGGCGUCUUUCCUCUUUACAAGAAAGUCUUGAUGUUGCUCUGGAAGAGAAAAAUAAAAUAUUUCAGGAACUGAAUAGUGUGAAUGAAGAAAAAGCGGAAUAUUUAGUUCUCUACCAUCAGUUGCAGAGAAAGGAAGAUGAGUUUGUAGCAAAUAAGGCAAAUUCCAGAGAACUUAUAAAGAUACUAGAAGAUGAAAUGCGAGCGUUAAAAGUUGAACUUCAAACUAAAAAAUCCAUCACUGAACAGUUGUCCAGAGAAAGAGAUGAGCUAAUUAGGCUACAUGAAACUGAAAACACUAAAAAUUCAAACAUUGAAGAGCUACAAAAUCGGACACGGCAAAUACAAGAUGAGAAGGAACUUCUGGUGAAAGAAAUUGAAGAGAUACAGUCUCAGGUGAGAGAGUUGCUAAAAGAAAAGGGAGAGAUAUCUUCAGCUUUGGAAUGCUGCCUGCUUGAGAAACAAGAAUUAGCCACCAGACUUAAUUCUGCCAAUGAAGAAACUGCUCUGUUGCAUAAGAGUAUUGAGGAACUUAAAAUUUGUAUUGACUCUAAUGAAAAGGAAAAAUGUCAUGUGGUUGAAAAACUGGAAAACGAAAUGCAUGCUUUGAAACUGGAGCUUCAGAAUGCAAAAUCCAUCAUAGAACAGUUGUCUACGGAAAGAGAUGGAUUAAUUAGCCUUCAAGAGGCAGAGAAAGGGAAACAUUCUCAACUUGAAGAGCUACAAAACCAACUAGACCAAAUUCAACAGGAAAAGGCACAUCUAUUGAAUCAAUUAGAAGAUAUACAAGCUCAAAUUCAUGCAGCACUAAAUGAAAAAGAUAAAAUAUCUAGAACUCUAGAAUGCUGCCGGCUUGAGAAACAAGAAAUGGCCAACAGACUGAAUAUUGCCCAAGAGGAAGCUGGACUACUGCAUGCUGGUAUUGAGAAACUUAAAAUUCGUAUUGAAUCUGAUGAAAAGAAAAAAUUUCAUAUGAUUGAAAAACUAAAAGAGCGUGAACGAAAUAUAGAUCAUCUUAAAGAUAAAAUUGAAAAUCUAGAGCGAGAGUUGACCAUGUCAGAAGAGAAUUUUGAAGACGCGAUUCUUCAGAACGAGGCGAACAAAGAGGAGAUGGAAAAGCUCAAGGCACAUAAAGAUGCAUUGGAGAAGGACACAAAUAAUUUUAGGAGGAAGGUGGUGGACCUAGAAAAAGUAGUUAUGGAAAGUCAUGAGAAGAUUGUAGAACUGGAAAAAAGGGAAACGGCACAGAAGAAUUUUAAAGAAGUAUCGGAGCAAGCAUUCCUGGAGAUUGAGAAACAGUUGAAUGAGUUGCGUGAGCAAAAAAGGCUAUCCGAUGAGAGAUACCAAACAGAGUCUGAUAAACAAGCUGAAAUGCUUUCUCUUAUUGAGCAAACUAAAACAGACUUAUUGCAUCAGUUAGAAAGGGCACAAUUGAACAACCAAAACCUGGAAGUCUCUGUUGAAAAACUUACCUCAGAGCUUGAGGAAUGCAAACAAAAAUUGGAUGAGAAGACCCAACAGCUUCUUAUUCUUGAAGAAAAACUGGUAAAUGCAGGGCAGUUGAAAAAUCGGUAUUCAUCAGAACUUUUACGGUUUGAAGUUGAGUCAGAAAAUUUGAGUAAUGAGAAAAAGGCUCUUCAGGCAGUGAUAGAACAGUUGGAAACUAAGAUUCAGGCCAUGACUGCAUCCAUUGGAACCCUUGAACAGGCAAUAGUGACUUCAAAUACACUGUGCGAAGAUUUAAAAAUGCAGCUGGAAAAAUCUACGUGUGAAAACCAAGAUCUUUUCCAAAAGGUAAAUACUGAAUUAUAUUCUGUAUUUGCAGGCUUCGUUAUGCAGGUUAGUACAUAAGACUUGUGGAUGACAGAUUCACCUUUAUGUCUUAAGGGGACACUAUUUAGUCACCAGAAUCACUACAUCUUAAUGUAGGGGUUCUGGGGCAUGUAGCCUCUCACUGCAGGCUCAGCAAUAUAAAUACCACCUUUACUGACAAAAGGCAGUGUUUUCGCUGCUGCUAAAGUCCGCCUCACUUGGACAGCCACUAAAGGGACUUCCUGAGUUGGGUCCUGCAAAAGUUGCUGCACCAAUGUUGGAGAUGCUGAAUACUCCACAAGAGAUGCAUAAAUCCAAUGCAUCUCCAUAAGGAGAUGCUGAUUAGUGCAACAGUUUGUUGGUCAUGCACACUAGCCUCCCAAUGCAGCUCAAUGAGAAGUCUUUGUAAGGCUGGUGCUCUGGGCAAUAUCUGCCUCUUGAGUUCAACUCCACUGUCCUAAACAAACCAGGAAGUAAGAUCGGGUGUCUGACAGCCAGGGAUGUGACAAGGUUAAUGUCUAUUGAAAUCUGUACUUUUGCAAAAUGAAAUAAAGAUGACACUCUUCACACACAAAGCUUUUCAGCAAGCCCAAGCGCUUUUAGGGUCUGCAGUGUCCUUUUUAAAGCAGGGGUUCUCAACGUUAGUCCUCAGGACCCCCUACCAGUCCAGGAUUUGGGGAUUACCUGGGUGUGUCUCAGGUGUUUAGAAAAAGGGAAAAAAAACACCUUAGACUCUAAGGUGUUUUUUUUUUUUUCUUUUUCUAAACACCUUAGACACACCCAGGUAAUCCCUAAACCCUGGACUGGUAGGGGGUCCUGAGGACUAACGUUGAGAACCCCUGCUUUAAAGCAAGUAAAUUUGAGUUUUACUGCAUACCGUGGGGGAGAGUUCUCUAAAUAGAACACCAUAGUGUUAUGCAUACAUUUCUGUAUUCCUAGCUCCAUGUUAUUUAUUUAAUAACAAUGUCUGCUUCUGGUAGGUACUACAUUGUAACCUAUGCAUUGUGGAAGCAAUAUGUCAACCAAAUGUAUGUGAAUGUAUGAAGUCUUUUCUACCCUUACAGUGGCAGGCACAUAUAAUUGUGUGCACAUUUAACCCCUCUCACGAUAAGCAACAUAAGGCUGCAUUUAGCAUUGUGAAAUAUCUUCAUACCUAAAAUUUAGUAGGGAAUCUGGUGGGUUUAUAUUAUCCACUGCCUUCAGUUCUUGGUAGGGGGUUAAAAAGUUAUUUGGUUACUAAAAUACCUUAAGAUUAGAGUUCUAGCAAAUAUUCUCACUUCAUAUGUUAAUCUUCCUUGGUGAAUAGACUCCAACUACUUUUUUAUGUUGAUUGAUUAGAAUGUUGGCAAUCGAUUUAUAAAUGUAUAUAAUCCCCAGGCAUUAAUGCAUUAUUAACAGAUGUUUUGUGACUCGUAUAUAACCUCUAGGUAAACGAGCUAUCAAAAAGCUGCAGUGAUUUACAGCUCAAACUGCAUGAUGCUGAUCAUCGUAUCAAAACAUUUCAAGAGGCGGACUCAGUGGAAAGGAAGGCCAUUGAUGAGCAGAUCGAGAAACUUCGGAGGCAAAAUGAAGAAAGCAGUGUGAGUUAUUGAGUUUUUACGCACACAUUGGUAUUAACUUUCAGUUAUACAUGACUUUCAUAAAAGUAAGAGAAUUCGAUAUAGAAAGCAUUUAGACAUUUUAUGAGUAGCUGAAUUAAUCCAGUGAGUCCAAAGAAUCAGUUCAUUGUCGUAUAGAGCAUCUCUGAGAAUUGGUUUUCUUUUCUUAUAACAUAUAUGCACCAGCAUGAUCUGUAGCAGUUAAAAAUAAAAUAGUCUAAAGAAAAAGAAGUUUAAAGAUUAUGGAAGUAACUCAUAUUGUGUGGAUCUAAAGAUUUCAUCUGUGGUUGAUUUGCAUAUGUUAUUUGUAGAGCAGUCAUUCUGUUACAGAUGCAUCACGUGUGUUGAUUAUAAUUUCUUCAGCAGUAUAAAUGCUAUGCACUAGCUAUCACAGCACUGUAUUACAUACCCUAGAUUUAUGUUCACUUUCUAGACAUUUCUAAUAUCUGCAACAUCUCAAAGAGCCGAAUUAGAAGAGACUAUUACAAACCUUCAAAAAGAAUUAGAUGCACAGACCAAGAAAAAUGCGCAAGAUAUUUCAGAAUUUGAGAACCAUCUCCUUCAAGCAGAUUCGAAACAAGCUUUGCUUAAUGAAAUGAUGGAACAGGUAAUUAAUCACAUUCUUUUUUUCUUAGCUGUCUUUGCAAACUACCAAAUUCAGAAUACAUUGGCAAUAUUGAAUAAUAAAAAAUGGUUAUAAGGUUGGUAUUCAGAGGAUUAUAAAGUUAUGCACUGUUGUGAUAUUUGAUUGUAAUGAUCAACACAGCAACUUGUGCCUUCCUCUGUAAUAAUGCAAAAAGCUGGAACACUAACAUGCUUUCUUACUUGUCUAUGAAGCAAAUAGUGUCCCUGUGCUCAAAGGCUGCUGUCUGACAGGACAACCCCUUUGACAACAUUGUGUCCUAAAUACCAGGCUUGCAAUUCAAAGUUUUAUGCCACUAGGCAAUAUAGAUUUUUGAGAGCCAAAGCAGAUACAUAUUAUCUGUCGCCUUUCGGGCCAUUUGCCGAUAUUCUGUACAUUUAAUGCCUAAUUGUCAUUAAUUUAUAUGCUCCCCUCCUUGAAAAAUGCUCAUAGAGCAUUUUAAACUAAAGUUUAACUUGCCUUAAUCCAGCGCUAAGCAAAGCUCACCAGGGCUACUUGGCGCACCCUAGUCUAACUAGAGGCUGGAGCCUCAGCAUAGUCCAAUGAAAGGCUUCUCAUAGGUUGGACCAUUUUACCGGUUCUAGGCACAUGCAUGGGUAAUUUGACACUUUAUAAGCAAACCUUUGCACUUUGGUUUAUUUGUUUCUUGGAUAUUUUUUUUUACGCGCAAACACUACAAUCUCACUGUUUUGUAUGUUUCUAUGUGUUUUAAGGUUUGCACAAGGUAUUGCUUAGCAGCUAAGAGACUUUAAUUAUAUAGAUAUUAGAGAUUUUUUUAAAAUUUCUUGAGGCUCCUUCUAUACACACUAAUACUACAUGCACGCUCUCUGAACUGACAUGGGAAGGGUGAGUGGGAUGGAAGGGUGGAAAAGGAGGAGGGAUUGUGUGUAGUAAUAAUGCUGGGGAUUGGGAGGAAGGAGGGCUUCAUUAAGGGUGGGUAGGAGGGAGGAGAGUGAGGGAGCAGUUAUUUCUGUUGGCAAACAUAAAUUAUGCACAGAAUUGACAUUGGGAAUCCUGGAACAGAGUACUGUCACAUGUGCUGGAGGUGAAACUUCUUCUCAGCACACAACUAAAAAUAUCUGUGUAUGUGCAGUGUUUCAAGCAACAUUGCAUAUCCAGAAUCCUACCACCAUGACCACUUCAAAAAGCAGACAUGAUCAGACAGUAACUCUUUAAAAAAUAUAUAUAUAUUUAUAUUUUUUUCAUUAAAGUGAAACUCCAGUGCCAGGAAAACAAUUAGUUUUCCUGGCACUGCAGGUCCCCUCUCCCUCCUACCCCCCAAUCCCCGGUUGCUGAAGGGGUGAAAAACCCUUCAGUAACUUACCAGAGGCAGUGCCGAUGUCCCUAGCCGCUGCUUCUUCCGCUGCCGCCGCUCCUCCUCCUCUGUAUUACGUCGGCCGGUGGAUGAGACUGAUCCCACCCACCGGCUGGGGAGACCUAAUGCGCAUGCGCAGUAGAGCUCCCCAUAGGAAAGCAUUGGAAAUGCUUUUCAAUGCUUUCCUGUGGGAAAUUGAGCGAUGCUGGAGGUCGUCACAGAUUUUCUGUGCUAUGAUGCAGGAAGUGCCCUCUAGUGGCUGUCACAGCCACUAGAGGUGGAGUUAACCCUGCAAGGUAAUUAUUGUAGUUUAUAAAAAACUGCAAUAAUUCCACUUGCAGGGUUAAGAGUAGUGGGAGUUGGCACCCAGACCACUCCAAUGGGCAGAAGUGGUCUGGGUGCCUGGAGUGUCCCUUUAAGGACCACUAUAGGCACCCAGACCACUUCAGCUUAAUGAAGUGGUCUGGGUGCCUGAUCCAUUUAGGAUGAACCCUUUCUGCUGUAAACAUAGCAGUUGCAGAGAAACUGCUAUGUUUACCUAUGGGUUAAUCCAGCCUCUAGUGGCUGUCUCAUUGACAGCUGCUAGAGGCGCUUCUCACUGCGAUUUUCACAGUGAGAAGACGCCAGCCUCCAUAGGAGAGUGGCUUCCGAUGGCGGAAGAAGAGGGAGGAGAGUCCCAGCGCCGAGGGAGCCCGACGCUGGAAAAGAGGUAAGGGAUUAACCCCUUCCUCCCCUUUCAGUGCCACGGGAGUGGGACCGUGAGGUUGGGGGCACCCUCAGAGCACUAUAGUGCCAGGAAAACGAGUGUGAUUAUCGGGCAUGUCCACCAGAUAUGGAUCAUGGAGGCUGUUCCUUUAAAUUUUGAUGAAUCAACACAAUUUCUUCACAAAUCUGUCUUUAACUGAACAUGCUGACAACACUGCUAUCACUCUCACACAUUCUGGAAUCUAGUACAUGCUGGAAUCGGUGAGUUCCCAGCAUGUAUAGUGCAGUUAAUGAUAAGAGUGUGAUUGCUGACAGCCAUAGUUAAAACGAAAUGUCAUUAGUCUGGUGUAAGACAUUUGGAAGUGAGGACUAGUAUGAAAAUGGGGACAGUAAGUGGAUUGGGAAGUUUACAUCAAGUUUGGGCUUUUUAAUAAUCCAAAUGAUUGUUGUUUGCCAAAAGCAAGGAAGAUCUAGAAAAAGAAAGCCUAAAUAAUUAAGAUGCAGGAGGGAGAGUAAAAAAGAUGCUAGUGAUUAUCAACAGGAGAAAAGAACAUCAGAGACUUUCUCUAACAUAGACCGUAAUAGGACUCAAAGCACCAGAAUAUCCUAUGUUUAUUGCACAGGUUGUGAUGCAAGGAAGUCUCUGCAACGGUUUGCAAGUCACUUCCACAUUUCUUUCCAGUGGCAGGGGCUUGAUCUUUUGGAUUUGGGUCUCACUUUCUCUUUGCAACAUAACAUACACCCAAGUGUGUACAUCAUGCAUACACUGGGAGUGUGCAUUCCAUGCAAGUAUCUAUCUCCUCCCUGAGCUGCAGAUGAAAGUAUCUCUGGCCAGUAACCAGUGAUGGUGUGAAUAAACUAGCAGCGGCAACAUGGCUUAUGGGUGGAGUUUGGAUCUGAUGAAUGGAUCUGUGACUGGAGGUUGAGUUAAAUAAGCCAAAUUCACUUAUAAACAGGGUAGACUGUUUGGAAGAGUGAAACAUGGGGCUUAAAAAUGUAUUUAUUUUAAGAGUUUUACCUAUAACAGCUUGUAUAUGUGAUACAAGAAUGUAGUGUUAUAUUUCAUAACGGCAAAAAAAAGACAAGUUAGUGAGUUACACAUUAUUUACCUCUCAAACAGCAACAUUUUUGGCAUAGAUGCCUAUCUGGGCAUUAACGGAAGGUGAGAAGUCAAUUAACCCCUUAAGGACCAAACUUCUGGAAUAAAAGGGAAUCAUGACAUGUCACACAUGUCGUGUCCUUAAGGGGUUAAAGGGAAACUAUAGUCACCAAAACAACUUUAGCUUAAUGAAGCUGUUUUGCUGUAUAGGUCAUGCCCCUGUAGUCUCACUGCUCAAUUCUCUGCCAUUUAGGAGUUAAAUCACUUUGUUUAUGCAGCACUAGACACACCUCCCUGCAUUUGACUUAUACAGCCUUCUUAAAUACUUCCUGUAAAGAGUCCUCUAAUGUUUACACUUCCUUUAUUGCAAAUUCUGUUUAAUUUAGAAUUUCUUAUCUGCUGGUCUGUUGAUGGCUUGUUAGACCCUGCAGGAGCCUCCUGUAUGUAAUUAAAGUGCAAUUUACAGAGCAGGAGAUAAACACUAAAAAGUAAGUAAGUUACUUCUGAUUGAAAAUGAAAGCAUUUUGUUUUCAUGCAGGAUAUGUCAGUCACAGCCAGGGGUGGUGUGGCUAGGGCUGCACAAACAGAAACAAGGCGAUUUUAACCCCUAAAUAGCUGAUAAUUGAGCAGUGAAACUUCGGGAGAAUGAUUUAUAAACAAAAAAACUGCUUCAUUAAGCUAAAGAUUUUUUGAUGACUAUAGAGUCCCUUAAAUGUUGUAUCAAAAUUUUGUAUUUAUGUUGUGUGUUCUAUUAUUUAUUUUUAGUACACAUGUGAAAUUCAGAGUUACAAAGAGAAAAUGACUGUAGCUGAAGCACAUCUUAAUGCAUACAAACAUGAAAUCGACCACUUAAAAGCAAACCGUGAAGAACUGAAACAGUCCCUGAGCGAUUCUUUGCAGCAAAAUCUGGAGUUAAACCAACUGAAGGUAAGUGUGUAGUUUGUCACUUGUGUUUAUCUGUAUUCUUCCAUGCAUUAUUUGGCAUAUAUGACAAACUCUGGGCACAUGAUUGCUCUGAAAUUUAAAAACAUGCUUCUGGUGAAAAAUCGCAAACGCAGCAGGUUCAUUGUGCUAUAUUUAUAUUACAAUAAAAUAGUGAGAGCACACAGUAAAAUAAAAUAGUUACCACAAUCUGUACAUAUAGUAGCGGGAUCUAUAAAUAAAAUAUAAAGGAAAAAACAUUGGGUAAUACAGCUACAAAGAACUGUAUGUAUUAGUAAAUCUAUGGACCCACUCACAUGGUUCUGAGCCACUCCACAAGCUGGCUCAGGCUAAGGGCUCUAAAUACAGGAAUAUGGUGGCAACUUGAUCAGGAGCUAGAUGCUCACGGGUUCUGCCCCUUAUGACAUAUCAUAAGUAUAUCAGAAGCAUUUAUGAUAAGUGUUUCGAACAAUGGGGAUAUGAUGGGAAAUAGAAGUAUUGGCUCGAGAGCCGAUACAUGGACUAAGACGUCAGGACGUAAGGACGUGAGCGCCGGACGAGUAGAUAUGAUGAGCGCGGAAGUAUAUGUCGCAAACCCGGAAAUCAUCCUAAGAAAGGGCACAAAAAAUUACUUCAAAUAGGAGAGAGACCAUGGAGAAUACUCAAACGUAACCACUUUUGAGAAAGGCGAACAAGCCAAAUCACGUCAAGUGUUGAUGCACUGUCUGGUUAGAAGGAAUAUGGUUUUACUGUUUGUUUCUUAAUAAAGAAGGUUUGUGGUUUUUCACCUACAUCCUGCAUCCUGGAUUGUAUUUGAGGUUAAACCUAAGGAGCAGAACCUGUGAGCGGUAUCCAAAUCCUGAUCAAGUUGCCACCAUAUUCCUGUAUUAGAGCCCUUAGUCUGAGCCAGCUUGUGGAGUGGCUUAGAACCAUGUGAGUGGGUCCAUAGAUGUGCUAACAUCGUUCUUUAACUGUAUUACUCUGUUUUUUCCUUUAGAUUUUAUUUAUAGAUCCCACUACUAUAUGUACAGUUUGUGGUAACUCUUUAUUUUAUUUUACUGUGUGCUCUCACCAUUUUUAUUGUAUCUAGCACUUUAUUUGUGUUUGGAGUGAUACACACAGUGAUUGUAGCACCACUCCUGUGAAUCAAGCCUUACUACUGUUUUGUAUUGCAUUUAUUCCAUAUUAUGCUGCCCCUUAUUCACAUAGAACAUGUAUAUGGCAGGCACAUGUGCAGCUGUAACACUCUACCGUAUGCCCGUAAUAUGCCACUACUGCUCUCUAGAAUGAAAAAAAAGAAAAAAUAUAUAUAAAAAUCAUAUAUACACACUCACUAAGCCACAACUUCAAAGCUUACAAAAUUUAAAUUGUAUUCUUUUUAAACACCUGACUUAGUCAAACAUAAAGGAUAGUUUAAUUACAGUAUAUAUCAUAUACUGCAUAAGUCUGCCACAACACCAAUGUACCCCAUUCUUGACAGCUCCUAUCCUAACAACCUAAUACCUGCUUUUAUGAGAUUAACACACUACUAGGGAAUUAUUCCUCCUGGGUCUCUCUGCAGUGCAAGAUUAAAUAGGCCCCUAAAUAAAGGACAUGUGACUGGUAGGGGUUGCAAAGUUACAGGAGUUGGCCUGGACUAACCACACAUACUCACACUUUCUUAUUUGGAAUACCCUACCGUGAAUAAUUUUGCAUAUCCUGUAUUAAAAUAAAUAGUUUUAAAAAAAAAUAUAUAAAUUUUAUAUAUAUAUAUAUAUAUAUAUAUAUAUAUAUAUAUAUAAUUUUAUAUACAUCUAAAUAAUUUUGUGGGAAUCUUAAAUUGCAUCUAAUACAAUAAAGAAAUAUUGACAAGAACAAGGAAACAAACGUUAAGAAAAAAUAGUUAACAUUGAGAGAUGGUGGAGUGGGAGGACAUAGAAAAUGGAGUGGAAAAUAAAUUCAUCUACAUUUGGGGUUACCCCGGUGUCCCGUUAUAGAUAGGGAUACAAAUGGUUGAUUCUGUAUUUCAACCAUAGAGACAUAUAUUGUGUUGUGAAUCUUCACAGCUAAAUUAGUGUUUGAGAGGAGAACAGACAAUGGUUCUCGCAGAGUUGCUCAGCUGUUUAGUGUAAGUCUACUCACUGCCUCUGGCUUCCUGGCAGCAAGUCAAACACUGGUAUGUAGAUGUGAGCUGGUUUGAUUCUUUGGGUUGUGUGUUCAUGUGAUGUGGCACCACCAAAACAGCAUUUUAAAAGGCUUCUUCUUUAACGUUGAAAAUAUCGUGGAGCUUGUGUUUAUACUUUAUGCCUAGGGUGUCAUCUCAAGAUGUCUUGUUAUGAGCAUUUUGUCUCAGGUGCUUUGGAGGAACGCUCUUCACAAAUACAUAAAUAAACUUGAUAAACUUUCUGGGUUCCAAACAAUGGCAUUCAGCGUUAUUUCUUCUGUCAUCUUCUGAGGUCCAGUAGUAUUAUUUUCAAUGUGCCAAGUAAACACAGUUGGUUAAAAUUAACUGGUAAACAAAUAAAUUCUUCCUAUGGUUUAGUAUCAAAGGCAUGCAAGCCCCUUUGUGUAAUUUAGCACUCAUAUCCUGUAUCCUCCAACUUUAUCACUCACUAGCUAUCUGAGUGAGUACAUUGAGAUCGUUUAGACAGUUUUGUUCUCUAAAAAAAAACAAAAAAAAAAAAACGUUAUCCAUCUGCCGGCCAAUUGGCAGAAAGCUGCUCGUACAUUACAUAUGCUUUUGCUGGUUUUUAGCCUGCGUGAAUAAUGCAAAGGUUCUGUCAUUAAUCAGAGCUUUAAUGUGUUUUCUGCUGCCAGUCUGAGGUGCUGUACCCUAAGCAGCUUUAGAAUUAAAGAGCACCUGUCACUUUCCAAAAGGCUACACUUUACUAUACUUAAUAAACCUCUUUAUUUUUUUUAAAACUAUUUAAAAUAUAUGUAUUAUGACUAAACUAUAUUUAUUGUAAGGAGCCAUUUUAAAGGUACCCCCAUGAUGUGCAUUGUACCACUAUUUAUAAUACAAAGUUUAUUAACGGCAUUCAAAAAUUUACUGAUGUGUAACAUUUAGAUAAAUGCUCUUUUAUGGUAAAUCUAAAGGUUCUGAACGGCCUGCUUGGACAUCCCAAUCAGUUCCAAAGGUGGCUGACGUCUCUCAGUGAUAACAACAAAAAGGCACCCCUCCCACUGUCUUUCAUUGUGAAAUUAUGACCACACACACACUAAUGAGCAGGUGCAUAGAGCUGUGUACCUCCUGCCUAUUUGUUUUUCUUUACAAAGUAAAGGAUUACUAAAGUGUUAGAAAUACAAACAAACGAGUUAAAGGUGUGUCUGCUUCCCCCCUUCCUCCCCAUCCCCCUCAGCAGCUUACCUUAUUCCAGCGCCGGGCUCCCUUGGCGCUGGUGACCUCUCCGCCCCCGCCAGCUCUCAAUGCUUUCCUAUGGAAGCUCUGCGCGAUGGAGGCAUAAUAUGCCUCCAGCGUGGCAGAUACGCCUCUAUUGGCUGUUCGGAAGACAGCCACUAGAGGCUGGCUUAACCCCAAAUGUAAACAUCUCUGAAACUGCAUCUGAAGGGUUAAGACCUGAGUGACCUGGCACUCAGACCACUUCAUUGAGCUGAUGUGGUCUGGGUGACUAUAGUGACCCUUUAACUUUUACUUCUCUUUUUCCUGCACUAAGGCUUUGUUUGCGCUGCUCACCUUUCGCCUCCUGUGAUGUAAUCUAGGAAGCAUGGCCGUCUCCAGGGUGGUCCUAUCCAAAGUUUACCUCUUUUCUACCUUUGAAAAGUAAGGAAUAUUACCUCUGCAUUAACAGGAAUAGUCUAGACAAGAAUACUGGAUAAAGACACUGUCUGCCUAUUCACAAGAACUCAAAUACUGAGAAAUUCCUCAGCAACUCACAGCCACUAGGCACUUAGAAACUGCUAAAUGUUCUGGUGACACAUUCUACUCUCUUUCAACCUCAUCCUUCUACCUCAUUUGAGUUAAAUAGUCCGAGAUCUCUGUGUCCGUGAAACAACUUCUUUAAACUUCUAGGAGGAAGAUUGGUGCCUGGAAAUUCCAUGCUAGAUAUUCAGAGUAAUUUUAUUUUUAUUAUCUACUAUUUUAACGAAUUAAGGGAAAAGUGGAGUAAAUCCACUGUGGAAACGAAUAUCUGUAUAUAAUAUAUACAGCUGGCUGUAAUCCUAAUUUGGAAUAUGUUUUUGUCAAUGUAUUUAGGCCGAUGUUACCGCAAUGAAAAAGGAAAAUGCCAUUACCUGCAGUAAUCUUGACCAGUGGAUGAAAUCGUGCAAACAGUUGGAACAGGAAAAGGGACAGCUGGAAGAACAGAUCAGACAACAAGAAAUGGAUUUGAAAAGCUUACAAGAAAAACAAAAAAGUACGUUAUCUAUGCAUAUGCACAAAAGCACAUUGCGGGAAGGUUAUGGCUUCCUUAAAAAUAUUUCAGUUGGUUGGUAUAAAUAAUUUUUUGCCUAGUUGUUUAUGCCAAUUUUAGCAUUUUUCAUGGGGCCAGAGUGGACAAGGUAAGGGACACUCUAGUAACCAAAACAACGUUGGUUUAAUAAAGCCAUUUUGGUGUACAGAUCAUACCCCUACAGCCUCGCUGCUCAAUUCUCUGCCAUCUAGGAGUUAAAUCACGUUGUUUAUGCAGCCCUAGCCACACCUCCCUGCCUGUGACUUACACAGCCUUUGUAAACACUUCCCGUAAAGAGUCAUCUAAUGUUUACACUUCCUUUUUUUGCAAAUGUUUGUUUUAUUUAGAAUGCUUUAUCUUUUGCUCUUUUAAUAGCUUGCUAGACCCUGCAUGAGCCUCCUGUAUGUUCUUAAAUUCAAAUUUCAGAGCAGGAGAUAAAAACUUUUAAAGUAAGUUACAUCUGAUUGAAAAUGAAACCAUUUUGUUUUCAUGCAGGGCUGCAUAAUCAUAAAUAAAAGUGAAUUAACGUCUAAAUGUCAGUGAAACUUCAUAGGCAUGAUCUAAUUCUAUACAAAAAAACGGCUUAAUUGUGCUAAAGUUGUUUUGGUGACUAGAGUGUCCAUUUAACGAGAGCAGCAGAGGGAAAUGCAUUGGUCUGCCAUGGUAGAAGGAAGGGCGGAAUGUGGAGUAUGUACACUUAAUUGUUUAAGUAUGUGACUUAAACAAAAAUGAUUUAAAAUAAAAAUAAACAACAAAACAUUGCCUAUAGCUAACUUUUAGUCCACUAUUUGGUUGUGUAGAAAGUGAAAAGACAUUUGCUUUGCUAUAUAUUUAUAAUUUGUUGAUGUGGUCCAUUUGAGACUUUCCUAUUUUGUUAAAACACUACUUUUAGAUCAGAUUGCAAUACAAUAUUGUGACUUUAAUGCAGACGUUAUUUUUCAUACUAGCGUAGUUACUUUAUUUUUUCUGUUGUAAGCAAGAACAAUAAAUCUUUUACAUCCAUUAAUUUGUACCAUGCUUACUGGAAGGCACAAACUGUUCUCUUAAAGGAUAAAUAAAAUCCUUCAUGUUGUAAUGUAGACAUUCAAUAUAUAUUUUACAGUUAUUUUUUACCAAGAAAAAUUCAAGUUUCACAGAAUGAUUGUUUGAUAUAUUUUGUAAAAUACCGGAAUAGUUUAAUGCAAGUAAUGAAAACAUUAUUUAACAAAAAUAUUAGUGGGAAUGUCGCUUUUUUCCUUGUUAAAUGAAUACCUACAUUUUAUUUAUAUUGACCCUUUGUGAUUAGUUCUUGCCGAUGUAAUUGUUGUAGGCAUGAUCCACAUGUGGUAUGCAGCUGGGCUUUAACUACAAUUUUAACAGUUGGGAGAUAAUUUGAGAAAAUACAUUUCAGCAACACCUGGAGGGAUAAGGUUGGACAUGCUUGAUUUUAGCAGGUUAAACCUUCGUAACAGUAAUCUGUAGCCCUAUGGUUCCUGACACAUACCACUGUAGAGAAUCAUAAAUAUGCCCCCACCGUGUCCUACAGCCACUAGUAAAUGUAGAGAAUUCAAAAUGUAAACGGCGCCAUUUCUGUAAAUUGGCACAAAUGUGAAGUUUACAACAUCACAGCAGCAAGGGCAAAAUCUAUGCCCCUAAAUCACUUCACUAAGAUUAAGCAAUUUGGGAGUUUAGACUGUCUUUAACUAAAAUACUUUUUGUUGUUUAAAUUGACCUAUUUGCACUUUUUAUGUUUGAAUCUUUUUUUUUUUUUUAAAUGCUGUUAGAGUAUUUUGACAUAUACUUAAGGCGAGUGAAAUAACAGCACAUUUUCAUGUAAUGAACUGGAGCAGUGAGUCUGAAAAAAGGUUUACAAUAAAACAUCAUUUUGACAGGUUUGUGAUUAAAACUCGGUUGUUCGGUCACUGCUUUGCCACACAUGGAAUAGUGAAUAGUGUUAAAAUAGCUUGACUAUCCUGGGGCUGCUCCCUGUCGCCAGAACUGCAGAUGGCGAGCCAGAAGCUCUCUUUUUUUAAGAAAGCCCAGUUUUGUGGGGCAUAGCUCAUUGGUUGAGAUCAAUCCGCUGACACUCUUAGCUCAGGAGAGAAAAGAAGAUCCUGGUUAGGAGAUGCCAGCUCUCCAUCAACAGUAGUGGUUGGGAGUGGCAGAUCACUGGUAAGAAGUCAUGUGUUCAAAAACAGUUUGACUAACUUCCAUGGGAGGUGUCAGGGUAAUCCUCACAGUGAGUUGUAGUGGUUAUGGUGCUUGGAAUUUUUGUUUAACGAAUUGGAACACUGGUGGUGGUGUAGCUGUAGUUCACUCUGCACCUUUACAAUAUUUCCUGUUUCUGUCACAUUAUCACAACAGUCCGCAACACAUGAAUUACUGUCUUCUCUGGAUUAGUUAGACAAUUAUUGAAUGAGCAACUACAUCUUUGACUUUGUUUGAAACCGAUACAUGCUUUAAGACAAGAUAUUUCCAAUUAUGUAAUGUCUUGCCUUUUUAUAUAGGUGCAGAAAUGGACUCUAGUUCCAAUGACUUAUUGUCAGAGCUAGAGGAAUUAAAACAAUCUUUGGAAGAAAAGACUGCGGAGGCGGACGAGAGCGUUGAAAAAUAUUGUACUCUAAUUAUUGAAGCCCAUACUCUGGAGAAUGCCAAUGAAACACUGAGAAAACAAGUGGAUUUGUUAACAUCAAGGCUGCAACAGCUUGAAGCCAGCAAAGAAGUCCAUUCUUCACCCCAGAAAGUACACAGCCUUGUGAAGAAGUGUAAUGGCAAAGGCGGAAAGGACAGAAGGUCUACGCAGGGCACCGCAAAGAAAUCCACUAAAAGACAAAGAGCUCAAGAGUGUGCAGAGGAUGGCGAAAGGCAGAAAUACACAACGCCUACAACUCCACGCUAUACUAAACGGAUUAAGAACAGUGCAAGCAGUACGGUUUCUACACCACAGUCAACUGACGAUGCAUGCUUUGAGCCAGAUGGACUUCCAGAGGUUAUUAAAAAGGGUACAGUUUGAUUUAUUUUCUAUAUACAAAUUGUUUCAGAUAACUUUUGCAGUCUUAUAUCCUCUUCUAUAUUAUGUUUGCAUGUGUGUUUUUAUAAAAGGUCCUGCUUAUGUACAUUGUGUAUAUUUCAAAUGUUAUUUGGUAAAGAUUUUUUUAUACAACCUAAAUAUCCAGAGCGAUAUAUCUAGUGAGGACCUUACUUUAGUGGAAAGUUGUUUUUUUUGUUGUACUGUUCCAGUAUCUUGUAAAUGACAUAGACCUUUUGAUAAAGGUACCCCCUCUAGUAAUUAAAGCACUUCCCUACAUGACGCAAGAUACACUAAAAUGGAAUUUACUACUAGUAAAUCGGCACAUUUGCUAAAUUUUGGUCAUUCUAAUUUUGGUUGGAAAAAUACUUGGCAAUAUUUCCUACUUGGUUAUUUUGCAUUUUUCAGUAAACCACAUUUAAUGUUAGUAUACAAUCCCUGCAAGGAUUGUUUUCAUUUAAUGCAGGUUACCUGGAAAUAAUAAUCAGAUUACAAAACAAAAGUAUCUCUAGCAAGAAAGGUGUUCCGUCUCAGCAUUAUAUUUUAUACACAGCAUUUACUAGGAGUGAGGGAAUCAUCGACCCCAAAAUGUAUUGGUUUGGUCAUUAACAUUGCAUAGAUAAAACCCAAAGCUUUCCAGACUAUCUCUAAAACAAAAAUGCAGAAUCUAAUUUUGAGAUUUAAAAAUAUAUUGUAUUUCAUUUGUUAAAGUAAUGAUGAAUCUUGGCUACUCCUGUUAUUGUGUUCUGUGUUUUUUUAUGAUGCUGGUUGAGUAAAAACCAACUCCACAGCAUACAUACAACUGAAGUAUCCACCGAUUGGCCAACAUAAACCGUCAGAUUGACGCUGUUAACUUGUCACUACCCAGGGUCUCUUGUCAACUUUCUGCCUUAUGUAUUUUUUAAAUAGGAUUUGCUGAUAUCCCAUCAGGAAAACGAAGUCCUUAUGUUCUCAGUAGAACGGCUCUUCCUAGAAGGAAAAGCCCACGUCUUGCUGGCCAAAAACAGUCUCCAUCAAUCCUCUCAACACCCAGUGAUGACCUUGAGAACCUCCAGAACUUCCCUAAUGUAACAGAAGGGUGCAGCAAAGCACAGAUGGUAACUAUACUGCUAUUCUUGCAAAACACUCAGCACUGGAAUAGUCUGAAAAAACAUGCAGGGUCAUUAGAGCAUUUGUGUGUACGCUUACUUAUUCAUGAACCACAUUAUUCAGAAAUGCAUUAGAGUAGAAAAGAAAACCCUAUUCAUAUAUUUAAAAUAAUGAAGACUCCUUGUUUAGGAUUAUCGUGAUUUGUCACAAAGAGUGCUAGGUUUGCAAUGUUUACAUAGUGUUUCUUGAUCUAAAGGAACAAGGCAGAGCAGAUAUUGUAAACACUGUUGCAGUAGAUUUAUGAAGCAUUUUGCUUUUGUAAUUACCCAUUAUUUGUAUUUUAUUCACUACACAGCCUAUGCAGUGUGCGGUUCACCAGUAGAGCAUAAAAUGUGCUGUAUGGUAUAUGAAAUAUUUCUAAAUCAUUCAACAGGUUUAAAUAAUGCAUUUCAUGCUUUCUGCUGGUAUUUUAUUCUAAGCGAAGUCUGAAAAGACAAAGGAAAAUUAUGUAGAUUAUACAGCAAGCAAAGAAUAAUGUUCAAGUAAUUAAAUAGGUUUUUGUCAUAUGUAAGAUCCUGGCAUUCAGAAUUGUAAUAGGCAGCUGUAGAAAUGUUAAAUUUUUCAGAAAAAAGGGGAACUUUCAGAGUACAUAAAAGCUGAUACAAUAUGUAGAAGCCAGCAACCUGACUCUUAGGGAUUCUGCAAUGUCUUUUAGGAUCCCAUCACACCUGACCUGUAGCAAGUGAGCGUGUAGAUGAUGACAUGUUCAAACAAACACUGGAAUUUGUUCAUCUCAAUGGGAAAUCAAUCAAUGGUGUUUAUCUUUCUAAAACCAUACAGUCUUGAUUUCCUUAUUUUUUUUUUAAUCCAAUCCUUUUAGAUUUGAUUUUUCCAAGUGUCCCUAGAAGUGCAUACAAAUGCAUUAUUAUGCAUAUCUAGUCAUAGUUUGCUUGCUGAAUUACAAUUUUUUUUUUGUGUGUGUGUAUGUAUGUGUAUGUAUAUGUGUAUAUGUAUGUAUAUAUAUAUAUAUAUAUGUGUGUGUGUGUAUAUAUUUAUAUAUUUUGGACACCUAUUUCAACACUUUCCAUAAACAACCACACCAACCACUAUUUGAACUACACGGCUCCAUUCUCACUACCGCUAACUUUAUGCUCUAUGUCAGUUUGCUGUUAACUCGAUUUGGCCUAAAUGCAAAUAAUUUCUCAGGGCAUUCCUUCCACAUAGGGGCGGCAUAAUUUGCUUCCCCCAACCACAUUCCAGCUCAUAUCAAAACUAUGGGACACUGGAAAUCUUCUGCUUACUCUCUUUACAUACCAAACCCAGUUAAAGAGUUACGGCAAGCUUUUCGUGAUUUGUCCAAAUAAUUGAUGUUUUGUAAUAUGAAUAAAUUUGGUAUGGUACACUUCUUUUUGCCCUCUUUAUCACAGGCAUACUGCAUUGUUGUUUCUGGCACACCACAACCGACUGGUGUUAUUUAACUAUCUUUGUUGGUUACGAAUUAUGUUACCUUACCAUCACGGCAAUAUUGUAGAUAAUAUCCAUAUAUAUAUAUAAUAUCCAUCUAUCUUUAAUCAAACAGCAACUGCACUCAUUGUUAAAAUAUAUAGGCGUACAUACUGUAGAUACAUACAGUUACUAUUUGAUUGAAGAAGGAUGGCUGCAGAGAUUUUAUAGAUUUCAUAUUGGCCGUAGAUUUGAUCAUUUGUGGCAGGCUAUUCCAGGUAUGUGGAGCUCCUUAGGGGAAAGCCUACUUGCCUCCUUUUUGAGGCGUGUAGUGCAAAGUAAGGAACAGGAAGUGGAAGAAGUACUUGGUGGUGGUGGCAGCAUAAGUGAGCAUACUGUGAGAGUAAAGUGUGUCUGGAUGAUAGAGAGUAAAGUGUGCUGAGUUUAGUGAGAUGACAUCUGGGACUAGGAAUAAUCAUUGGUCUAGAAGGACUCCAAUCAGACAGGCUGAUGGCUUGAUGCCAGGCACGAUCAUUGAUAUGUCCACUUAUUUUACACAUUUUAUUACAUAAUGUUAUCUUUCAUUAUGAUUUUACACAAUCAGUCUGGGUGUAAUCUUUUAAAAAGGCAAAUAACUAUUUGUUUCCACCUGUGAAUUUAGUUUUGUUAAAAGGGUUACGGAGAAGAGAGAGCGUAUAUUUAUAUAUAUUUACAUACAUUUUUUUUUUUUUUCUUUUCUUUCAGUUGAGCAAAGUGGAGUUAAUGCAGUUGGAGGCAGCAGUAGGAUCUAUGGAACUCUCAUCUCCACUAUCAUCUUACAACAAGCUGAAAGGUCCCGUGUAUGAAAGUCCAAACGUUUGUGAAAAAGAAGCGGGCAACACAAUACGGAACGUCAAAACUUUACAUGAACAAUCUGAAAGUGAAGAAACGUGUAAUGUACAAUAAUGUACUUUGCAUUAUUAUUCUAUUUUUUUCAACUCUUUGUAAUUAGUGUAUAUAUAUUCCAAAAUGGUCAUUUAACCAAUAGGUGUUAGGUAAAUUUGUAUGAAAUCCCCCUAAAGCUAAAUAAGCAAUUGAUGGUAAUAAAUAAUAAAAGAAGCGACCUGACCAAUUGCUGACUGAAUGGUCAUCAGCUGUUUUGCUUUCCUUUUUCACGAAUGGAAAAAAAAAAAUACAACUGCAAAAAUAUAGAAAGUUAUAGACAAAUCUUUAAAUCUUUGCUAUUCAGAUAUUACUUUCCUAACUAAUGGCUAAAACUUUCAUAAUUGCUUCAGACUCUGUGCGCAGCCAAGCUUCUGUGAACUAGAGAGAAUAGUCAUCUCUUGUUUUGAUGGUAGGGGGCCAGGAGACCCUCAACAUUGUUGUUUUAUUUGUGUAUUUUACCUAGGGCAGCCAUUUAGGUACACUUACACCCCAUAACAUUUUGUCUCUAUGAAAUGGUGAUGCUUGGAGUACCUGGGCACUCCUGAUCACUUGAUCUUAGGUGGAACCAUAGUUUAAUGGGGGGUUUUAUAAGCGUGACAUUGUUGUUCGUUAUCUCCUUUUCAUACCAGUAGAACUGUUUCCUCUAUUUUCUCUGAAUAUAUAACCCAUUAAUUUUAUUUAUUUCUUCUUUUUUUAUUUUUUAAAAAAAGGCUAUGCUAUCAUAACCUCUGUAAAUGUGUAAAUAUUUGUACAUAUAACCAUGUUUAAUGUUUUUAAAAGUUGCAUUUUUUUUUCCCCGCAGUUGACUUAAUAGCGUACGGUAAAAUUCAUGUAGAAUGUUACAAAGUUGUACAGUAUAUUUUCUACUUGGAUUUUUAUAAAACAUAUAUAAUGAAA